AUGGAAUCUAUUCCAGUGAUGAUACAACACAAAGGCAAUUGGAUUGAAGCAAAUCAAUAUGCAGAUUUUGAAGUUAUUGGUGUCAUGAUUCCUCAAAAUUCUACAUAUUUGGAUCUUCUACAUAUAAUAGCACAAGAAAUACAAGUAAAUUUGGAAAAACAGAAUAUUGAGAUAAAAUAUCAAGUAAAGAUUCAGUAUCCAGCACUCAAAAUCAGUGAUGAUUCAAGCUUCAGAUUUUACUUAGAAAUCAAGAAAAAGGAAAUCGACUUCACUAUGUAUCCUCUCUGCAUAGUAGUUAUCAGUGAUACUAGCCAGAUACAGACAAUUCUUCCAGAUGCAUCAGCAAGUAUUUCAACAGCUAUUUCAGAAUCAAACAGAGACCAAGAUACCAUAUCGAUACACGAUAGAUACAUGUCUGAUACAUUCGACGAAAUAGGUCAGUAUACAAAACUACUUGCAAUUGAUACAAUAGACUGUAACGAUGAUCAAAAUCAAGAAUCAGUAUCAGAUCCACUACAAGAUAUAGAUCUGGCAUUUGGAAAAACUUUCAAAGAUAAAGCUACUCUUCAAGCAUGCUUACGACUUCAUGCAAUCAAUAAUCACUACCAACAAAAGACAGUUAAAUCAUGCCAAAAGAACAUUUUUGUAAAAUGUAUCGAUGAUACAUGUCAAUGGUAUCUGAAAGCGUCAAUUAAUGUUCACACAAAACAGUUCAUCAUUCGUAAACAAGACAUGAACCACACAUGCCCGAUAGAGACCAGAUUCAGCAAUCAAAAACAAGCAUCAGUAUCACACAUAGCGGCAUCCAUCAAAAUGAAGUAUCUCAAUGUCAAAGCAACAUACACACCAGUAGAUAUAAGGAAUGAUAUGCAGACUUUACAUGGAGUCAAGAUCAGUUAUAUGAUGGCUUGGAGAUCAAGAGAAUUGGCAUUUGAAAUGUUAAGAGGAAAGCCUUGUGAAUCUUACAAAUCGCUGCCUACUUUUUUAUAUAUGCUUGGAACUAGAAACCCGGGAUCUAGCAUAGACAUACAAUUGAGAGAUGACAGCACAUUUUUGUAUGUAUUUACAGCAUUAAAAGCUUCAAUUACAGGAUGGCAGUAUUGCAAACCAGUAAUUGUAGUUGAUGCUACAUUCUUGAAGGAAACAUUUGGUGGCACACUUCUUGUUGCAACAGCUCAAGAUGCAGCUGGAAAGCUGUUUCCUCUAGCAUUUUCUGCUGUGGAUUCAGAAAAUGAUGACUCAUGGCAUUAUUUCUUCACUAAAAUAAAACAGGCCUUUGGAACAAGAGAAGGUAUAUGCAUUGUAUCAGAUAGACAUCUCAGCAUAGAGUCAGCUAUUAAAAGGAUUUAUCCUGAAGCUACUCAUGGCGUAUGCAUGUUUCACCUUCUCAAUAACCUCAAGACAAAUUUCAAGAGAAAUGUCAAGAAACUUAAAGAACCUUUCUUUGCAGCAGCAAGAUCAUACACUGAGGUUGAAUUUGACUACCACAUGAAAGUGUUGGAUAGCUUAGAUGCUCGAGUAAGACCAUUUCUUCAGCAAAUCAAAUAUGAAAGGUGGUCAAGGGUACAUUCUCUCAAAAACAGCAAUAUUACAUGCAAGAGAACUGCCGUCACAGCCUUAUUUAUGCACCUACAUGACCUCCAACAAGAGUAUGUAAAACUCAUAUUAGAUAGUACAGCACUAUUUUAUGUUGUGAAACCAUCUUCAGAUGAUAUCAUAACAGUUCUCGAGAAUGGUAAAAAGUACACAGUCAACAUGGUCGAGAGAACAUGUACAUGCAAAAAGUUUGAUAUCGAUGAAAUUCCUUGUAAACAUGCCAUAGCAUUUCUAGCCGACAAGAAGAUUGAACCUUAUGCGUACUGCUCAAGAUACUAUACAAAUGCAGCUAUGUUAGCGACAUAUUCUGAUACUGUAUAUCCAUUUGAGAAGGAAGAAGAAUGGAUUAUUCCAGAACAUAUCAAGAACAUGAUUGUCAAACCACCCCAACAUAGAACACGAACUGGAAGGCCUAAAAAGGGUAUGUACCAGUCAAAGUGGGGAAAUCCGAAAAACGAUCCGAAUCAAGGGCAAUGUGGAAAAUGCGGACACGCUGGACAUAAUAGGAAGACAUGCCGAAACAAGCCAAAAGAUACCUAG